CAGGAAAACCAGAAUCCUGCAGUAUUUUUACUCUAGGAAAACAGGUGAUGUGUUCACAUCCCACAGCAGACCACAUCCAACUCUGUAAAUACAUGUCACGUGCUGAAUACUGGUUUAAAUUGUAAAAUGUAGAAAAAUGUGUCAGCUUUACAAAAAUAUCCUGAGAUGAGCAGUAAGCAUUAAGAUGUUAAAACAUUGCUUUAGUUCUUCUGUCUGUGCUUCAUGUGUUUACUGAAUUAGCUGGUGCCAGGUGACAAGGUAGGAACAGUUGCAUGUCUGACUUUGCAUGUUGUGUUAGCAGAAGCUUCUAAUGCUGACGGGACUGCUGGGUGCCGUAGUCGAGGGAAGCCAUUGGGUACGGAGCUCUUUGAGGGGCUUCAGUACAAACAGGAAGUGAUUUCAGUGGGCUCCAAGCCCUACUGCGGUCACGACCAGUCACUAGUACAGAGGGACAUGCAAAAACUUCAGCUAUUUGUAUAACAAUGGAAAAAAACAUGAUCCCGUUUGAAGUUUUAAGUUGAAACUUAGAACUGCAGAUUUUUUUUUUCCCUACAACGUUGGUGUAGGGCUUUUCUUUAAAAAUAAUUUAUUUUUGCAAAAUGAGAUUUAAAAGACUCGUUUUAAGUUUAUUUGUAAUCAGAAUGAAAGAAAUGUCAGGAUGUCACAGUUACCAUCGGCUCUUUGUUCUUUGUUGUAAAGCAGACUCCUCUUUCCUGCCUUGGUUUGUUCAAACAGUAGAAAGGCUGCGGGACGGCCAGGACCUGCGGCCACUGUAUGCAGGACGAUGCCAGUACUACUCCAAGAGCACCACGCCACCAGAGGCAGUCUGUCACCCACAACGUCGUGCACCUUGCACACCGAAAAUAAAAACCAACACCUGCUUCUGCUGUGACCUGUACAACUGUGGAAACAGAGUAGAGAUUUCUGGAGGAUACUAUGAAUACAUUGAUGUCAGCAGCUGCCAAGACAUCAUCCAUCUUUACCACUUACUUUGGUCAGCAACAAUUUUGAACAUAGUGGGGCUAUUCCUGGGGAUCAUUACAGCAGCGAUACUUGGAGGUUUUAAAGACAUGACACCUUCCCUGCCUACGCUGAACUGCACGGUUGAAAAUGCACAUCCUACAGUGUCCUAUUACUCAAGGCCACAGGUGACAUCUUACAACACCUACUACCACAGCACUCCUCACCUGCCUCCCUACUCUGCAUAUGACUUUCAGCAUUCCAGUGUGUUCCCAGCCUCCACUCCCUCCGGCCUCUCGGACGACCCGCAGUCAGUGUCACCAUCUCCCAGCUACAUGUGGUCCUCCAACGCUCCUCCUCGGUACUCGCCACCGUAUUUUCCACCUUUUGAAAAGCCACCACCUUACACACCGUAAAGAAUGAGGGGAAAGAGGAGCGAAAUACUUGCCAUUGAAAUGAUUGUGAACAUUUUGUGUUUGUAUCUUACUGUGGGAGGAAGGGGGGAGUAGAUACAGAAGAUAAUUGCAAACAUGAAUACUUGAUUGGACGAUUCGUUCUUGCGAGACUUAUUUCAGAGGUUUAACAGUGGGGUGUGAGGAAGGGGACAUACUGCUGAUGUUUUGCAGGGGACCUAAAUUCCAACCUCCUCACUUUACAGUGAGGGUCAUGGAGUCCUUGGUUUUUAAUAAAGUGCAGACGAUAGAUUCUGGUCUGCCUUACUCCAUCUUGAGCAAAGCUGAAGUAAGGGUAGCCAAGACCCACAGCUGCCCGGAGUAUCAUUCUGCUCGAGGUGAGGGUGCUUGCAGACAACUCAACCUGAUGCUUGUUUUGUUUGGCCUUUGGCUACCAGUUUUUGGGGAUUUUGUUGGGCUGCAGAGCUUGGCUCAUGUCACUUGGUUACAGUCUAUGGGAUGGAAACCCUAGUGAGGAGCCGGGACGAUGUCUUUAAAACUAACAGAGGUAACUUCAUAGGGUGUUUUCUUAUGUGUCUAGCAGAACAACGGGAAUCUUUAUUUAUUUAUUUAUUUAUUUAUUUAUUUAUUAGGGGAAAAGCUUUAAUAAGCUCUAUUAGCUGAUUUAUUUGAGGACAUUUCUUAAGAUAGAAGGUGAAAUGCAGUUGUCUUUCUUCCAAAUUCUAUGUCAUGAUGCCGAAGUCAAACCGUCUGGGUGGCUGCACUGCCUAAAUCUUCAGAAACUGCCCGCAAGUCAUUGAAACAAUGCAGUGGAAACACUAUUUUUCCUUUUGCUUGGUUAGGACUUUGUUUUAAGCUUGUAAUUUUAACGGGUUGAAUCGGCACCUUGAAUAAGCAGUGUCUUAGUAGCUGUGUUAUGGGCUGCACAUAUGGAAAUUCCACGACUAGUUCUCCAAGAUGUAAGUCUCACAUGGAUAAAAUUCAACACCGUGUAAUAUAGGAUGAAGCUGAUAGGAAUUUGCAAUUAUCGUUGUGACUUUCAUUUAAUCUUCAGCUGAUGACUGUGCUGAUUGAUCUAGAUUCCAACAGAUUUUGCAUGCGUCCUGCAUUACAAAAGAAGGUCAGCUUUGUUACGUGACAGUGUCCUGUAAAGUGUGGUUUUACUCCAGUAAGUGACCUCAGAUGACGGCUUUUAGAUCUGAGCUGCUCAGCCUGAGCAUUCCCAACUGCUUGCUUCAGAGAGAAAAAGUGAGGUAUUGACAUUUUAUUCCUUAUUUCCUAAAAAUGGACUUUGCAUCAGAUUGCUGGCCCUAAUCCCAAAUUGCCUACAUUUACAUUCAGCUCUGAUGCAGACAAGAAGAUACCCAACAGCUCAAUCUGGCGUGCAGAAUAUAAAAUUGGUCCACAUGCCAGGGAAAAAAUCCAGAGUUACGUAUUAAGCUGUGGCCUCUCUCUACUUUUAAUCUAAAAGAAAA